GCUCAGCAAAUUGGCGGCUGCUACACAAUUUCAAAUGGCAACUCUAUCAAGAUUGAAAUUAGAUAUUUUCCCAGCUUCACGUUCACAUGUAUCUACUAUAGUUUUUCUUCAUGGAUCUGGAGACACGUCAGAAGGAUUGCAGGAAUGGCUUUUCAGUAUACUCGGAAAAAGUUUUUCUUUACCUCAUUCAAAGAUCAUCUUUCCUUCUGCUCCAUCGCGACCUUACACACCGAUGAACGGGGCUCCCAGUACUGUAUGGUUUGACCGUAAGCGUAUAGCACCAAACGUACCCGAAGACUUGGAAAGCAUUGAUCCUAUGUGUGAAGAGAUUGGCAAGGUUAUACAGCUAGAGGUGGACCAAGGAAUUCCGAGGAAUAAAAUCAUAGUCGGUGGAUUCUCAAUGGGAGGAUGCCUGGCCUUGCAUGUGGCAUAUCGGUUCCAACAAGAAAUUGCAGGGGUGUUUGCUCUCUCAUCUUUUUUGAACGACAAUUCUAAAGUUUACAAGGAUCUUGCAUCAUCCGAUUGCCGGAGACCACCCCUGUUUCAAUGCCAUGGAAAGGUUGAUCCAUUGGUCCUCUAUGAAUGGGGUGAAAGUACCAAAGACUUGUUAAUCAAGGCUGGAGUCAUGUGUCAGUUCCAUAGUUAUCCAAGACUCUAUCAUGAGAUGAAUAAAGAUGAACUUGAUAAAUUACAAGCAUGGAUUGACCAGACAUUAACAUCAUCGUGAAAUCAGAUAAUUUGUUUUCUUUUCUUUUUUUAAGUGAAAACCUAUUUCAGUAUAUAAAAUGGGUUCCGAAAGAAACUUAUCAAACUUCACAAGUGCACUACACAAUUCCAUCCAGUCAAAAUGAACGAAAUGUUGGUACAGGCUAGCUUGUAUAAUUUUUACUAAGCAUGUGUCAAUAAUUAAGAGAUUGGUUUUAUCACAAAGAGGCUGUUGCCCCUCAAAUCAAUUAGUUCGGAAUCAAAAGUCACAAAAUGGCAGAAGAAAGACAAACUAGAAAUGCUCGGCAGGUCGCGCGGUCGAGCAUAUGUAUUCCCCGAAUCCACCGCAUCAUCCAUCAUUGCGAUAUAUAGAGCUCACACAGAAAUUUGACAGGUAAAUACAAUUAUCAUGGCAACAAUGACCCUGCCCACAUUUUGCCUGUGGAUACCAAAUUCGAUGACAAUAAUAUGACGCAGCACCAUGACUCUGCAGAACCCAAAGUAUUCUCCAGUAGCACCUUUUGGGGAAUACAAUUAUAGAGUAAUCUGGAUAUAUAUUGUAAACCUAACCCCAAC